AUGUCUAACUUGAGUCAAUACUCCGAUUUGGCGGUCCAAGGCUCCGAAGUGGCAGGAACGAAUGAGAAUUCUACCUCACCGAACUGUUCCAGUUCCAUCCCCGCCUCUACCGAAACUAUCAGUUCGUCAUCACUCUAUGCUUACCGCAUGGAUCGCUACCUUGCUGAUUCAGAUCAUUCUGUUCCUUACACCUCGCCUUCUAUUAUCGACGACGAGUUGCCCAGUCCAAGACACACAGAGCUUCGCAAGGAAGCAAUCGCAGCGGACCUCAGAAGAUGCAUUACUGAGUUUCGUGAUUAG